AACAGGGAAAGGACACAAGGAAGCUUUGUGAGAACUCAGUUCACGGUGUUAUUUGUGACAGUUAUGGUACUUUAAGAGUUUUUUUUUUUUUUUUAAUUCUCUUUUCGUUUUCCUUUGAGAGUUGAAAUUGAAGUCAAGUUGUUCAUAAAGAAUGUAUGAAGCUUCUCAACUUGAAACAGACCAUCAUGCAGACAUCAGAGACCGGGUCGGACACAGGUUCGACAGUGACUUUACAAACAUCUGUGGCUAGUCAAGCAGCAGUGCCUACACAGGUGGUGCAGCAAGUACCAGUACAACAACAGGUACAGCAGGUGCAGACUGUGCAGCAGGUACAACAUGUCUAUCCAGCUCAGGUGCAGUAUGUGGAAGGAAGUGAUACUGUCUAUACUAAUGGAGCAAUCCGAACAACAACUUAUCCAUACACAGAAACGCAGAUGUACAGCCAAAACACUGGAGGGAAUUACUUUGAUACUCAAGGGAGUUCCGCACAGGUGACCACUGUGGUCUCAUCCCACAGUAUGGUGGGCACUGGUGGGAUUCAGAUGGGCGUCACAGGAGGACAACUCAUCAGCAGCUCUGGAGGAACUUAUCUAAUCGGCAAUUCAAUGGAGAAUUCUAGUCACUCAGUGACACACACAACUCGGGCGUCUCCAGCGACAAUUGAAAUGGCGAUUGAGACGCUGCAAAAGUCUGACGGUCUGUCCACUCACAGAAGCUCUCUUCUCAACAGCCAUCUCCAGUGGCUUUUGGACAAUUAUGAGACAGCAGAAGGAGUGAGCCUUCCCAGAAGCACUCUGUACAACCACUACCUUCGACACUGUCAGGAACACAAACUGGACCCAGUAAAUGCUGCCUCUUUUGGGAAACUAAUAAGGUCAAUUUUUAUGGGGCUACGAACCAGGAGAUUGGGCACUAGGGGAAACUCCAAGUACCAUUACUAUGGGAUUCGUGUCAAGCCAGAUUCCCCUCUUAAUCGUCUGCAAGAAGACAUGCAGUAUAUGGCUAUGAGACAACAACCCAUGCAGCAGAAACAAAGGUACAAGCCUAUGCAGAAAGUGGAUGGGGUUGCAGAUGGUUUCACAGGAAGUGGUCAACAGACAGGCACAUCUGUUGAGCAGACUGUAAUUGCCCAAAGUCAACAUCAUCAACAGUUUUUAGAUGCAUCUCGAGCACUUCCAGAGUUUGGAGAAGUUGAAAUUUCUUCUCUGCCAGAUGGUACUACCUUUGAGGAUAUCAAGUCACUGCAGAGUCUUUAUCGAGAGCACUGUGAGGCAAUAUUGGAUGUUGUUGUGAAUCUUCAGUUUAGCCUGAUAGAGAAAUUGUGGCAAACAUUCUGGCGCUAUUCUCCCUCUACUCCAACUGAUGGCACUACCAUUACUGAAUCGAGCAAUCUGAGUGAAAUAGAAAGUCGACUUCCGAAAGCAAAGCUGAUAACUCUGUGCAAACAUGAGUCUAUCCUGAAAUGGAUGUGUAACUGUGACCAUGGGAUGUACCAGGCUUUGGUGGAGAUUCUCAUCCCCGACGUCCUUAGACCUAUUCCUAGUGCCUUGACCCAAGCCAUUCGAAAUUUUGCAAAAAGCCUUGAAGGUUGGCUUUCCAAUGCCAUGAACAAUAUUCCACAAAGAAUGAUACAAACCAAGGUUGCCGCUGUAAGUGCCUUUGCCCAGACUCUGCGAAGAUACACGUCGCUCAAUCACCUGGCCCAGGCAGCUCGUGCAGUGCUUCAGAACACUUCCCAAAUCAACCAGAUGCUCAAUGACCUCAACCGUGUCGACUUUGCCAAUGUCCAGGAACAGGCUUCCUGGGUGUGCCAGUGUGAUGACAACAUGGUUCAGAGACUAGAAACAGACUUCAAGAUGACACUUCAGCAGCAGAGCACCCUGGAGCAGUGGGCUGCAUGGCUUGACAAUGUCAUGAUGCAAGCACUGAAACCAUAUGAAGGAAGACCCAGUUUUCCUAAAGCUGCCAGGCAGUUUCUGCUAAAAUGGUCUUUCUACAGCUCAAUGGUUAUUCGGGACUUAACCUUACGCAGUGCUGCUAGCUUUGGCUCUUUCCAUCUGAUCCGUCUACUCUACGAUGAGUAUAUGUUCUACUUAGUAGAACAUCGUGUUGCUCAGGCAACAGGAGAGACUCCCAUAGCAGUCAUGGGCGAGUUUGGUGAUUUAAAUGCUGUGUCUCCUGGAAAUCUGGAUAAAGAUGAAGGCAGUGAAGUGGAAAGUGAAAUGGAUGAAGAACUGGAUGACUCUUCAGAGCCUCAAGCCAAAAGAGAGAAAACAGAGUUGAGCCAGGCAUUCCCAGUGGGCUGCAUGCAGCCUGUUCUGGAGAGCAGCGUGCAGCCGAGCCUCCUGAAUCCGAUUCAUAGCGAGCACAUCGUCACAAGUACUCAGACUAUCAGGCAGUGCAGCGCCACCGGAAAUACCUACACUGCAGUCUAAAGAAUAUUAAAGCGUAUUUUUCCAGCUUACAUUAACCCUGUUGAUAUUGGGCUUAAGUUGAAAAUUUAAUAAGCCUGAAGGUCGACUGUUGUCAAAUUCUAUCUGUGCUGAACAUUUUACCUUUUGGAGUUGUGAAAUGGAAUGGGUGUAUGUAUUUUGCCAGGUCUUUUUUUUUUUUUUUUUUUAACGUAAACAAAUUAUUUGUCUCUUAAUAAUGAGUUUUUUUCCCCCUUAGUUUCAGGUGUCAAGAAGGAUUUUUACAACACUUAAUGUCAUGCUUUUGUUUUCUUAUAAUUAAAAAGUAAUUUACAUUUUUGUAGCUAAAAUAUUUUAUUGUUGAUUGUUAGUCUUGGUGUAUGAUUUCAUGUGUAAGUUUUUUAAUUAGAUGCACUUCUGUGAAAUAUCAAAAGAAAUGAAUUUCUUUGAUUUACACUGGAGGCAUGCCCAUUUGCAGCAGAUGCAUCAAAUUUGCUUUUGCAAGGUGCUUUUCAUUGGCCAGAACCGUAAGACACUACUUUAAUAACAUUUUGGAGUAUGGAGAGAGAAUACAGAGCAUUUUUACUCUUGUGCUAGAGGGUUGGGAAGGUCAUUUAUUUUUCUCUGAAGAAAAAUUGAGCCAUGCAUUUAUCAGUUCAGAAUAAAUGGCAAAAUUGCAAGAGAUUAUGCUAAUAUGUACAUAAUUUGUGUACAUAAUUAUUAAACCAUGUUAACAAUGCAAGCUUCUUGUAAACAUUGAAUUUGAACUAUUA